UAUCAUAUCUAUUUAUGAUUUAUCAAUUAGAAUUACCCUAAAAUAUGCAUAAUUUUAUAGUUAUUGGUUUCUUUCUUUCUUUUUCUACAGCAAUCUCGAUACCGUUCACGUUAAAUCCUGUACCGCCAAACCCUCGUCAGAUUUGUGAUUUUUCAAGAGUUGCUCAGUAUUUUCAUCCAUCAGCUUACAUCACCCGCCAUUAUGAUGCAGUACUGGGGUGAGAUCCCUGGCCCCUCAGGGGCUCCUCCCAGUCGUAGCUCCUUUGACUUGCUUCAGAGAGAGUUUCGUUCCGUGGAGAUGCAAGACCCUCCUCUCCACCAGCCAUCAGCCCAGCGCCCGCGCCCCACCACAAUGCUGGACAUCCCCUCAGAGCCGUGCAGCCUCACCAUCCACACGGUGCAGCUGUGCCAGCACGCUCGUCGUCUCCGCGCUCUUCUGGCGGCGGCCCAGGGUCAGGGCCAGAGCUCUACAUCCUCUGAGGGUGGCAGCCGGCUGCAGGAAGCUGAUCCCAACUUGCCUCUCCGUCCCCCCACCCCCCCUGUUGUGCCAGAUGAUCUGCUCCCUGUAGACAGCAAAGCUCCCAGCCAGCCCUUUCAGCUUCGUCAUAGUGACCCUGAGAGUGAAUUCUUUAAAGGUAAAGGCGAACCUGUCACAGAGCUGAGCUGGCCAUCCUGCAGGCAGCUCCUCUAUCAGUCAGUGGCCACAGUGCUGGCCCAUGCCGGCUUUGAGUCUGCCCAGGAAAGUGUGCUGGAGACCUUCACCGACCUAGUCCAUGAGCACUACCUGCGUGUCACCAACCUGCUCAGAGUGGCGGUGGACCGUGAGGCGAGGCUGGGAGCCAGUCCCUUCCCAGACGUGGUAGAGCAGGUUUUUCACGAGGUGGGCAUCGGCAGCGUGCUGGGCCUACAGCGCUUCUGGCAAGUUAGGAUCAAAGACUACCACACCUACAUGCUGCAGGUAACUAAGGACCUGUCGGAGGAGUAUGAGCGGCUGGUGAAUCCGGAGAAGGUUCUUGAAGACACCAAGUCUCCAAAAAUCAAGGAUGAGGCCAUAAGUGACAUCCCUGAUAGCGAACAGCCUGAGGCCGACCCGGCCUCUGGGGACCAGGCUUUGCCGAUGGGAGUGCUAGGAGCCCACGCAGAGAGGCCGUCUUCUGGCCUGGAUGUGGACCACUCUCCCCAUACCUCAGGUGGAGGCGGAGCCAACAACUCUCCUCUGUGGCCCCAAGUAAAGAUGGAACCUCAGGACAGCGAGGAAGGCCAAAGCGUUGGCCAUCAUCACCAUCAUCAUCACCACCAUGGGGUUCUAGGUGGAGAUGUGUUUGAAGAGGGAGGGCCCAUGUCCACCAUGAGCGAGUCCGGAGGAGCCAUGGCUCCGUCCCCCAGCGGCGUCGCGUCUGAAGGCAGCUACGCCUCACACUCGCCCGACUCCCUGAUGGGAACAUCACCCGUCUUCAACCAGAGACCCAAAAAACGGAUGAAAAAGCUGUAAAGAGACUCGAGUUGUUAUUUUCAUAUUUACGUCCCAUCAGUGGGAAAAAUAGACUUUAAGACUAAAGCGAUGAAAGUCGUGAACUCAAGCGCCACGGCGAGAGGCUUCAUCGUUUUUCUACGUAGAUAUUUUUGGAGUUUAUGAACAAAUAAACAUUUUGUGACGUGC